AUGUCAAAGAAGGCUGCCCCGGAUGAUAUCUGGAAAGGCAACGUAGAGAAAAUCGUAUGUUCCGUCUAUCUAUAACGUGGAAUUUUGUGAAAAAAAAACAUACAAAAACUAACCAAGCUUUUCCCAUUACGCAUUAGAACUCGGAGUUAUUCACCUUGACAUAUGGAUCACUAGUGGCGCAGCUAUGUCGAGAUUACCGAAACAACUACCAUGAAGUCAACAACCAGCUAGAUAAAAUGGGGUACAACAUUGGCCUCAGGCUAAUCGAGGAGUUUUUGGCCAAAACGGGCAUUCGCAGAUGUUCAACGUUUAAAGAAACAGCUGAAGUCAUCACCAAACUAGGCUUCAAAUUGUUUUUGAAUAUCCAACCGCAGGUGGAAAAUUGGUCGAACGACCAAAAAGCGUGCAAUUUGAUCAUACCUGAACCCAACCCUUUGACCGAGUUUGUCGAGUUGCCCAUAACGGCCGAUCCCAGGAUUGGCAAGGAGUUGUGGUAUUCGCAGAUACUAUGUGGGUGUUUGAGAGGAGCGUUACAAAUGGUUCAAUUGGAUUGCGAUGUCAAUUUCAUUAGAGACAAGUUGAGAGGUGAUGAGCGUACUGAAAUUCGAUUGAAGUUGAAUCGAAUUCUCAAGGAUGAAGUCCCAGCCGGUGAAGAUUAG